AUGAGGUCGAGAGCUGCAUUUCUCCUUCUCACUCUGGCAUUGUGCUUCAUUCCAGAUGUUUCCAGUGAAGAUGAAAAUCAGAUGGACUGCAGCGAAUUUCGAGCCGUGAUGAAAAAUGGAAAAUUGUUCUGCAACAAGGACAGGAGCCCUGUUCGUGGACCUGAUGGGAGAAUUUACAGCAAUAAGUGUGCCAUGUGCAAAGUGACACUGGAAAAAGAAGCCAGAGUCUGGGGAAGGACAAGUCGUGGAGCGAGAUCGGUCACACCAGCCAAGCUGGACUGUAGUGGCUUCCAGAAAGGAGAACGAGAUGGAGACUUUUUGUGCAACCUGGAUGGCACAACUGUGUGUGGCACCGAUGGGAAAACAUACAGGAAUCGAUGUACCCUGUGUGCAGAGAAUUUGAAAACGAAGUCUCUAGUUGAUGUCAAGAGUGAAGGGAAAUGUGAGAGCCAUGGACCAAAGGAGGAUGUGUGUAGAGAUUUCCGGCAGUUCGUGACUGAAGGGAGGCUGUUCUGCACCCGAGAAAAUGAUCCAAUCCAGGGCCCAGAUGGCAGAACUCAUGGGAACAAGUGUGCUAUGUGUGCGGAGCUGUUCCAAAGAGAAGCUGAAGGCAAAGUGGAAGGGAAAGAAAAAGCCAAACUUGAAGAAGAAGCCAGAGUUCGCAGAAGUUCUGAAGUGGCCCUGUGCAAGGAAUUUCAAGACCAGUUGAGGAGUGGAAGACUCUUCUGCACCAGGGAGAGUGAUCCAGUCCAAGGCCCUGAUGGCAGGACCCAUGGCAACAAAUGUGCCAUGUGUGCAGACAUAUUCAAAAGGCAUUUUGCCGAGGAUAAACAGAAAGCAGAUGAGGAGAACAAACGAACUGGAGAUAAAAUCAAAUUCAAAAGAGAAACUGAGAGCCUGUGUAGAGAAUUCCGGGAUUAUGUGAGGGAUGGGAAGCUUUUUUGCACCCGGGAGAGUGACCCAGUCCGUGGUCCAGAUGGCAAAAUGCACGGCAACAAGUGCUUCAUGUGUGAAGCCUUCUUCCGACAGGAAGCUGAAGAUAAAAAAGCAGAAGAGGGCAGCCUGAAUAAAUCCAAUGUUCUUCCCGAGGACUAUUCCACAUCCAAGAAUGAGUCGAACCAGGCUUUCUGUGGUGAAUUUCGGGAUUAUGUGAAGGAUGGAAGGCUUUUCUGCACCCGGGAGAGUGACCCAGUCCGUGGCCCAGAUGGCAAAAUGCACGGCAAUAAGUGCUCCAUGUGUGAAGCCUUCUUCAAGGCAGAAACUGAAAGGAAGGAGAAAGAGGAAGCUGAACUAAGACAUAAAAGGGAAUUGGAAAAUGCUGCUUCCACUUUAGCGGAGCUGUGCAGUGAAUUCCGGAGCACUGGACAAAACGGCCGGCUCUACUGCACCAGAGAGAAUGAUCCAGUCCAGGACCCAGAUGGAAAAGUGCAUGGCAACCGGUGCUCCAUGUGUGAAGCCUUCUUCCAACAGGAAGCUAAAGCCAAAGAUGAUGAAGCCAGAAUGAUUGCUAAAAGAGAAGCUGAAAAGGCCAUGUGCAGUGAGUUCCGGGACCAGUUGAGGGAUGGGCGACUCAUGUGCACCAGAGAAAACGAGCCCGUGCAGGGUCCGGAUGGAAGCUGGCAUGGCAAUAAAUGUGCCAUGUGUGCCAGUAUUUUCCAAAGAGAAGCUGGUGAGAAGAAUAGGAAAGAAGAUGAAGAAAAGAAAAAGGCCGAGGAUGAAAACAGAGUGAAAAGAGAUGCUGAGAAGGACAUGUGCAAUGAGUUCCGGAGCCUUGUGAGGAAUGGGAGACUUUACUGUACCCGGGAGAAUGAUCCGGUUAAGGGCCCCGAUGGCAAGACCCACGGCAACAAGUGUGCCAUGUGUAAAGCAGUAUUCCAGAAAGAGGAUGAAGACAGGAAAAGGAAAGAAGAUGAGAUCCAGAGGAAUGCUGGAGCCAGUACAAACAAUGGGAAUAGUACUGCAGAGGAUCCAUGCCAGGAGUUCCGGAGUCAAGCACAGAAUGGGACGCUCAGCUGCACCCGGGAGAGCGAGCCGGUGCGGGAUGCCGAUGGCAAUUCCUACACAAACAAGUGCACCAUGUGCAAAGCCAUCCUAAAGAAAGAAAAUGAUGAUAAGAAAAAGAAGGACCAGGACAGAAUGGCUGAUUUAGGCUCCCAAAACAGCACAUCACAACUGGGAGAGAAAAAUUGCAGUGAGUUCCGGAGCCAGAUGAAAAAUGGAACACUGAUCUGCACACGAGAGAAUGCUCCUGUCCGCGGCCCUGAUGGCAGGAUGCAUGGCAACAAGUGUGCCAUGUGCAAGGACAUGUUCGAGAGAGAAGCUAAUGAAAGAAAGCAGAAAGAGGAUGAAGAGAAGAAAAGGACUCAUGAGGGGGCUAACAGUACGCAGUUCGACUGCAGUGAGUUCCGGAGCCUGCUGAGGGACGGCAAACUGAUUUGCACGCGAGAGAACAACCCAGUUCGUGGCCCAGAUGGCAAGACCCAUGUCAACAAAUGCGCCAUGUGUAAAGGAAUAUUUGACCAGGAAGCCCUCGAGAGGAAAAGGUUAGAGAAUGAAAACAAAGCGAAGGAUAGUCAUCCGGGAAAUGAAAAGGACCAGUGCACUGAAUACCGGGACCAGGUGAGCCAUGGAAAUCUCAUCUGCACGAGAGAAAAUGAUCCCAUUCGUGAUGCAGAUGGCAAAUCAUACAACAACAAAUGUGUUAUGUGCAAAAGUUUGCUGAAAAAGGAGGCUGAGAAAAAGAAGGAAGAAAGCGACAAGAACAAGCCUCACCAUAGAUCCUCCAAUGAGGAAGAAAGCCCAGUUCUGCAUUUCUCAAACAUGGGACCUGAUGAGCUGUGCAAACAGUACAGGCUCAUCCCCAGGGUGGGCUACCUCUGCCCCAAGAACCUCCAUCUGGUGUGCGGCAAUGAUGGCCAGACCUACAACAACCCAUGCGUGCUGUGCCACGAGAACCUGGUACGUCAGACCAAGGUCAUCAUUCUGCAUGAAGGCAGGUGCGAGGACAGCAACACCUUAGGAGUCUCCACACUGAACUUUCCGAGAACCGACCAGUGAUGGAGGAGUUGGUGGGAACCUGCAGAGGAAAGCUGAAGCUUGC